CAUUUUAUUUUUCUACUGCUCUAUUUCCGCCGCUCGGAGGAACAAUGACAUUGUCUUUUUAUUAUUUUCACAUGUGUUUGUGCGCCGUGGGUUAGUCACCAACGAGAAUAACAUUUUGACGAGCCUUGUGCAUUUUUGUCAAUAUUUUUAUCCACGUCGUGAGCAGCUGUUUCACUCCAGUGCCCAUGAUAAGGAUCGCGUUUUUUUCUCAUUUCAGAGAUACGUGGGACAUUAUUUCUCGAGCGAUAGUUUAUCGAUUUAAGAGGGAUAUCAAAAAAUUAAGUGCGAAAUGAUGUUAACGCAUUCGUGAUGGAGAAAAUUUUUCAGAAAUUUUCCACAAGUUUUUAUAAGAACGUUUUUUCUGAAGAAAGAAUAGAAUUGCAGAUAUUGUUUUGAUGAAAAUCUCAAUGAGUUGACACGAUGCAUUAGCAUUUCUGGUUAUAUCUUGAAGUUGGGAUUUUUUAAAGAAGAAUACUGGAAAUUAAUGCACUAUUUUCUGUUGAGAAACGAUUUUUGCGAAAUUAAUUUCAGUAGAAAUUUGGAAAAAAACACAAUUAUUUCAAUUUUCUUUUUCAAAUAUUUUUCAAUUUGAGGGAAAUAGCCAAGUUUUUAUGAGAGCCUUUUUUAUGAAAGAAUAGAAUUACAAACGGUCUUCAUGAAAAUUUCACUGUUUUUUAAGAAAUAGCGACAUUGUCUUUGGGAUUUUUUCCUAGCAGAAGAAGACUCGAAAUGAAUGCACUAUUUUCUGUUGAGAAAUGAUUUUUGCGAAGUUAAUUUUAGUAGAAAUUUGAAAAAAGACGCAAUUAAUUCAAUCUUCUUCUUCAGUUUUUUUUCAAAUGCAGGGAAAUACUCAAGUUUUUAUUAAAUAUUUUUUUGCGAAGGAAUAGAAUUACAAACAUAGUCUUCACGAAAAUUUCCAUGUAUUGACACGAUACACUGACUAUUCUAAUUAUAUCUUGAAAUGUUGAUCAAACAGUGAAAUUGCCAUUGGGUUUUUUUUAUAGAGGAAGAACGCAAGAAUUGAAUGCACUAUUUUCUGUUAAAAAUGAUUUUUGCGAAAUUACAUACUUAAUUUUCUUUUUUUAGUUAAAUUUUUGAUUUUGGGGAAUACGAUAAAUGUACCAAUUAAGUCGAAGCUCAUAGCAACGGUCAAGAAUUUUACUUUCCACAGGAAAAAAAUCAUUUCAUUUUGUUAAACAUUCAAUGAGUCAUUAAUAUUUGAAGCGUUAUUAAAAGGGUUGAUUUUGCCUCUGUUUUCUAUAGCAAAAUCUUCACAGAAAUCGUUUUCGUCGAUGACAAAUAGAGCUACAAGCAUUGUUCUUAUGAAAAUUUCACCUGUAGUAUUGAUAAAAACUGAGCAAAAUUCGAUGAACUCAUUAAUUUACAUCAUCUAAUUACAAAAACUAAUCCAUACACUCCACAAUGGCGAUCUUGAUCGGUAUAAAUUCACAAAAAACAACUGAGGAUCGGAGAGAAAUGCGCAAACAAUGACUCAAUAAAAUAAAAACGAUGGAAAAAAACGUGAAAAUAAAAACGAAAAACAUGGGCUCUCACGUGAGCUUCAACCGAUGGACAGAUAAUUUUACAAUGACGUCUCAUUUCUCAGAAAUGACAAGUGUAACCGAUACGGAUCAAUCGAGUUGCCUGUCGCUUGGAGAUCCUCGGGAGGAAUAUAUGGAUUUAAUGGGCCCCAGGCACCAGGCUAGAAACAGAAUAUUUGUCAAUAGGAGUCUCCAUCUGGAGAACAUAAAAUUCUAUGGAUUCGACAUGGAUUAUACUCUCGCGGAGUACAAGUCCCCCCAGUAUGAGCAGUUGGGGUUCAAUUUACUGAAGGAGCGUUUGGUUUCUCUGGGCUAUCCCAAGGAGAUUCGUGCCUUCGAGUAUGAUCCCAGUUUUCCAGUCAGAGGCUUGUGGUUUGAUACCCUUUAUGGAAACUUGUUGAAGGUCGAUGCUUAUGGAAAUAUUCUCGUCUGUGUUCAUGGAUUUGAAUUUCUCAAGCAUUCACAGGUAUACGAACUUUACCCCAACAAAUUCCUCCAGCUCGACGAGAACCGAGUCUACGUCCUGAACACUCUGUUCAAUCUCCCCGAGACCUACCUGAUCGCGUGUCUCAUUGACUUCUUCACAAACUCCCCGCAGUACACCAGAGAGAAAACCGGAGUAAAGGAGGGGGAGCUCACGAUGAGUUUCAAGAGCAUCUUUCAGGACGUUCGAAACGCAGUGGACUGGAUCCACAUCCAGGGGGACUUGAAGUCAAAGACCACAGAGAACCUCGAGGAGUACGUGAAGAAGGACGAGCGUCUCCCCAUGUUCCUGAGGAGGAUAAGGGAGAGUGGAGCCAAGGUGUUCCUCCUCACGAACAGUGACUACGUAUUUACAGACAAGAUCAUGACCUAUCUUUUUGAUUUUCCCCACGGGGCACGUCCUGACGAGCCUCACAGCGACUGGAAGACGUACUUCGAUACCAUUGUUGUCGAUGCCAACAAACCACUGUUCUUCGGGGAGGGAACGAUCCUGAGACAGGUGGACACAAAAACUGGAGCUCUGAAGCUGGGAACUCACAAAGGUCCCCUGCACACAGGUGAAGUUUACUCCGGAGGAUCCUGCGACGUAUUCACAGAGAUGAUCGGAGCCAAAGGAAAAGACGUCCUCUACAUUGGAGAUCACAUCUUCGGAGACAUUCUGAAGAGCAAGAAAAUCAGGGGCUGGAGAACAUUUUUGAUUGUUCCUGAACUUGUGCAGGAGCUACACGUGUGGACUGACAAGUGUCAGCUCUUCGCUGAGCUGCAGAAUCUCGAUGUCAUGCUUGGGGAGAUGUACAAGAAUCUGGACAGCAGCACCAAGGAGAAGCCUGAUAUCUCGAAACUCAGGGCUUCUAUCAGGGAUGUCACUCACAAGAUGGAUCUCGCUUAUGGUAUGAUGGGCUCACUGUUCAGGUCUGGGAGCAGACAGACCUUCUUCAGUAGUCAGGUCGUGAGGUAUGCUGAUUUGUAUGCAGCAACGUUCCUGAAUCUCAUUUAUUAUCCAUUCUCCUACAUGUUUAGAGCACCUGCCAUGCUGAUGCCACACGAGAGUACAGUGGCUCACGAACAACGUUUUGUAAUGGAGACUCCAAUGAUAAGUAGAACAAGGACAUUCAAACUAUCGUACGAGGAUGAACUGCAGAAUCAUCCAGCAGCUAAAGCUCUGGAGGUUGAAAAUAAUGUUCUAAUUCCCCAUGCGAGACCAGAAACCCCUCGUAAUGUGACUCACACGCACGACGAGGACUGCAGUGAUGAGGACAGCGACUCCCAGAAGCAGAAUUCACGAAAAUCUGGCAACAGGAAGUCCAGCUGUAACUAAACCAUCUUGAGCUAUUGUUAUUUCUUCAAGAAAUCCUUGAUUUUUUUUUAUUCUAGUGGAACCACAAAAGCGAGACUGAGAUAGCAAUGCCAAGUUUCUUAAUUAGAUAGAAAUUAUUGAAAAUAAUUGAAUAGCUCAUUUUUUUUUCAUCUGCGUGGCUCCACUCAAUCACUUGCCAGCAAUUUUCCUCGCCUGUUUAUUUCUCUUUUUUGAUUCAAACAUUUCGAUUUAUUCAAAUUCUCGACUUCCCAGUUAUUGAUAAGAGAUUUUGGAUUUAAAUGGUCAAAUGGAAUUUCUUUAAUGAUGAAAUUCUCUCGAUAAUGGAUAAUUUCAGAAGUAAAUGUCAAGACAAACAUUGGAUGCAACUCAAUUUUUCUUUGGAAAAUGAUUCAUUUACUUUUUUCUCUAGAUCCAACAGUUAACGUUGUUUUGAUCGAAUGACCACUAAAAGCCAAAAUUAUCUCUCAACUAAUAAUUUUUUGUAGUGUAAAUAAGUUAACGAUCGCCAGGCGAUCCCUUUUCCAAAGUACAACGAAUAAUUAGUCUUUUUAUUCUAGCUAAACCACUAGACGUAACUUUUAAUACGAAAAAAAGUCCUUUUGAUGAUGAGUAAAAUUGCAAAUUGAAGGGUUUGACGUGCCUAAUUGAAUAAUCAAAAUUCUAUUCGGUUUUUACAUUCAAUCGUAUGACGUAAUUGCUCACGUUGUCACGUUCAAGCCGACAAUACUAACGAUUAAAAUAACAUUUAGGCCUUCAGAUAGGUUCUUCGAUAAUUAGACAUUGCUGAUACUCGUUACAUAUCCUCAUUGAAAUUGUCGAGGAUGAAUGAAAUUUUUUAGGUGAAAUUUUCCUCCUUUCGUUGUGAAUUAGUUGUCGCACAAAUUGUUGGAGUAAUGAACAAUAAUCAUCGCGAUGUUGAGAAUUUUUCACGAAAUUUCUAGGAUUAACAGUAAUCCAGUGCUUUAUUGAAACGUAAAAAGAAAUUAUUGAAGUUACAGAUAUUUUUUAGUUACUUUCUGUGGAUAAACACGAGUUUAAUCACGAAAAUUUCAUCCAAUUGUAGUACAAUGUUAAUUGGAGAAAAAAUAUAUCCGACCAAUAACUAGAUCAACGAUUAGUCAGUGAUUUCUCGGCGAAGAUAAUGAAUUUUAAGUGCAUUAUUCUCGUAUUGAACUAUACAAUAUCCCAGGACUUGUAUAGAAAAUACCUUUUAUUUUGAAUAAAUUAAUAUAUUGAAUAUAAUGUAAUGUAAGUUUGUAGAUGGAGGAAGAAAGUUAAUCAGUUGUUUUGAUGAAUAAAAUUGUUUAUAGGAAAAGAUCA